UUUCUUUCUUGCUAAGUUGCUUAAUGUUGCAGCCUCCCCAAAAAAAAGAAUUAAACCACUCUCUCUCUCUCUCUCUACUACUACUACUACUACUACUACUAGGGUUUGUUUGGUUCUUGCUAGUUCUCUUCAUUUUCUUGAACUAACAAUCAAUGACUUAUUAAGUGAAGAUAUAAAGGUGUGAAAGCUAAUUAUAAUGGCGUCGAGAGGGGGACCGGAGCCGUCGCUGCAGCGGCGGAUAACACGGACACAGACGAUGGGGAACAUUGGCGAGUCGAUGAUUGACAGUGAAGUGGUGCCAUCGUCUCUAGCAGAGAUUGCUCCUAUUCUUCGUGUUGCAAAUGAAGUUGAGCCCAGUAACCCGCGUGUUGCAUAUCUAUGUCGGUUUUAUGCUUUUGAGAAAGCUCAUCGGCUAGAUCCCACCUCAAGUGGACGUGGUGUUCGGCAAUUUAAAACGUCCCUCCUGCAGCGGCUUGAAAGGGAAAAUGAUCCAACCUUGAUUGGAAGGGUUAAAAAAAGUGAUGCACGUGAAAUGCAGAGCUUUUACCAGCAUUACUACAAAAAGUACAUUCAAGCUUUGCAAAAUGCUGCCGAGAAAGCAGAUCGUGCACAACUUACCAAGGCAUACCAAACUGCAAAUGUACUCUUUGAGGUUUUGAAAGCAGUUAAUCAGACUCAAUCAGUAGAAGUUGAUCGUGAGAUUUUGGAAACUCAUGAUAAAGUUGCUGAGAAAACACAGAUCUUAGUCCCUUAUAAUAUUCUUCCUCUGGAUCCUGAUAGUGUAAAUCAGGCAAUUAUGAGAUUUCCUGAGAUUCAGGCUGCUGUUUACGCUCUCCGAAAUACCAGAGGUCUUCCAUGGCCCAAAGAUUACAAGAAGAAGAAAGAUGAAGAUAUUCUUGAUUGGCUUCAAGCUAUGUUUGGGUUUCAGAAAGAUAGUGUUGCAAAUCAAAGGGAGCAUCUCAUUUUGCUACUUGCAAAUGUACACAUACGGCAGUAUCCAAAACCUGACCAACAACCCAAGUUGGAUGAGCGUGCUUUGAAUGAAGUCAUGAAGAAGCUUUUCAAAAACUACAAGAAAUGGUGCAAGUACUUGGACAGGAAAAGCAGUUUAUGGUUGCCGACCAUACAACAGGAAGUACAGCAGCGUAAAUUAUUAUAUAUGGGGUUGUACCUUCUCAUAUGGGGGGAAGCUGCAAAUUUAAGGUUCAUGCCAGAAUGCCUAUGCUAUAUUUACCAUCACAUGGCAUUUGAACUCUAUGGCAUGCUAGCUGGCAAUGUUAGUCCCAUGACAGGUGAAAAUGUUAAGCCAGCCUAUGGAGGGGACGAGGAGGCUUUCUUGGGAAAAGUUGUCACUCCUAUUUAUGAAGUGAUUGCACGGGAAGCUGAAAGAAGCAGAAGAGGAAAAGCAAAGCAUUCCCAGUGGAGGAACUAUGAUGAUUUAAAUGAAUACUUUUGGUCAGUGGACUGCUUCAGAUUAGGUUGGCCCAUGCGCGCUGAUGCUGAUUUCUUUUGCCUCCCUGCAGAAGAACAGCGAGCUGAGAGAAAUGGGGAGAACAAGCCUUCUAGUGAUCGCUGGCUGGGGAAAGUUAAUUUUGUUGAGAUACGCUCAUAUUUGCACAUCUUUAGGAGCUUUGACAGAAUGUGGAGCUUCUUCAUAUUGUGCUUACAGGCAAUGAUAAUUAUUGCUUGGAAUGGUUCGGGAGAACUGAGCAUGGUUUUCACUUCAGGUGUUUUCAAGAAAGUAUUGAGUGUGUUUAUAACAGCUGCAGUUUUGAAGCUUGGGCAAGCCACUCUUGAUGUGCUGCUUAAUUGGAAGGCUAGGCGAAGCAUGCCAUUCUAUGUUAAACUACGAUAUAUAUUGAAGGUCAUAUCUGCAGCUGCUUGGGUGAUCGUUUUACCUGUUACAUAUGCUUAUACGUGGGAAAAUCCUCCUCCAUUUGCCCAAGCCAUUAGAAAUUGGUUUGGCAGCAACUCAGAUUCUCCUUCACUGUUUAUACUGGCUGUGGUAAUCUACUUGUCACCCAAUAUGCUUGCUGCUCUGCUCUUUCUUUUCCCCUUCGUUCGUCGAUUCCUAGAGAGAUCACACUACAAAAUUGUGAUGCUGAUGAUGUGGUGGUCACAGCCUCGUCUGUAUGUUGGUAGAGGAAUGCAUGAGAGCACCUUUUCAUUGUUCAAAUACACUAUGUUCUGGGUACUUUUGAUCGCGACAAAACUAGCAUUCAGUUUUUACAUAGAGAUAAAGCCUUUAGUGGAACCAACAAGAAAGAUUAUGAGUGUCCACAUUACCACUUACCAGUGGCAUGAAUUUUUCCCCCAUGCAAGCAGCAACAUUGGUGUUGUUAUCGCUCUUUGGGCUCCAGUUAUCCUUGUUUAUUUCAUGGAUGCUCAGAUAUGGUAUGCCAUAUUCUCUACAAUAUUCGGUGGUAUUUAUGGAGCAUUCCGUAAGCUUGGAGAGAUUCGAACGUUAGGAAUGUUGAGGUCCAGGUUUUCGUCUUUGCCUGGUGCUUUUAAUGCUUGUUUGAUACCAGAGGAGAAGAGUGAGCAACCUAAAAAGAAAGGACUAAAAGCAACAUUCUCUCGAAAAUUCGCCAGGGAGCCAUCCAACAAGGAAAAGGAAGCUGCAAGGUUUGCUCAAUUAUGGAAUAAAAUAAUCACAAGUUUUAGGGAGGAAGAUCUUAUUAGCAAUCGUGAGAUGGACCUUUUGCUUGUUCCUUACUGGGCUGAUCGUGAGUUGGAUCUCGUGCAGUGGCCACCAUUUUUGCUUGCUAGCAAGAUUCCAAUAGCAGUGGAUAUGGCUAAGGAUAGCAACGGAAAGGACCGUGAGCUAAAAAAGAGGAUUGAGGCUGAUCCAUAUAUGUCAUCUGCUGUUUGUGAGUGCUAUGCUUCGUUUCGCAAUGUGAUAAAAGUUUUGGUUUCAGGUCGUCGUGAGAAGGAGGUUAUAGAGUCUAUCUUUUCAGAAGUUGACAAGCAUAUUGAGGCUGGUGACUUAAUUAGUGAAUUCAGGAUGAGUGCUCUUCCCCGUCUCUAUGAGCUGUUUGUUAAGCUCAUCAAGUACUUGCUAGAAAAUAGGCAGGAGGACAGGGAUCAAGUUGUACUUCUAUUCCAAGAUAUGCUAGAAGUUGUUACGCGAGAUAUUAUGAUGGAAGAUCACGUAUCAAGCUUGGUAGAUUCCAUACAUGGAGUCCCAGGAUAUGAAGGAGUGGUCCCUCUCGAUCAGCAAUAUCAGUUAUUUGCUUCUGCUGGAGCUAUCAAAUUCCCCCCUGCUGAAUCAGAAGCUUGGACAGAGAAGAUCAAAAGGUUGUAUUUGCUGCUUACAGUAAAGGAGUCUGCAAUGGAUGUACCAUCCAACUUAGAAGCUAGGAGGCGAAUAUCCUUCUUUUCCAAUUCUUUGUUCAUGGACAUGCCCUCAGCACCAAAAGUCCGCAAUAUGCUUUCUUUCUCUGUCUUGAGCCCAUACUACACGGAGGAGGUGCUUUUCUCAUCAGAUGAUUUGGAUAAACAAAAUGAAGAUGGUGUUUCCAUUCUGUUCUAUUUGCAGAAAAUUUAUCCAGAUGAAUGGAACAAUUUUCUUGAGCGUGUGGAUUGCACCACUGAAGACGACCUUAGGUUUAAAUGGUCUACUGAGUUAGACGAAAACCGGGCUACUGAGUUAGAAGAAAACCUCCGUCAUUGGGCUUCAUAUAGAGGACAAACUUUAACAAGGACUGUGAGAGGGAUGAUGUAUUACCGCAGAGCUCUAGAGCUUCAAGCUUUCCUUGAUAUGGCCCAGGAUGAUGAUUUGAUGGAGGGGUAUAAGGCUAUCGAAUUAAAUGAGGAUCAGAUGAAGGGAGAGAGGUCUCUGUGGGCACAAUGUCAAGCAGUUGCUGAUAUGAAAUUCACAUAUGUUGUUUCAUGCCAGCUAUAUGGUAUUCACAAGCGAUCUGGUGAUCCACGUGCACAAGAUAUUCUUCGGCUUAUGACAACGUACCCAUCUAUGCGUGUUGCUUAUAUUGAUGAGAUUGAAGCACCAAGCAAAGACAAGUCCAAGAAAAUUAAUCCAAAGGUCUACUAUUCCACUCUGGUCAAAGCUGCCCUGCCAAAUUCACAUUCUACUGAGCCUGGUCAAAACUUGGAUCAGGUUAUCUACCGCAUAAAACUUCCAGGUCCUGCUAUCUUGGGUGAGGGAAAGCCUGAAAACCAGAAUCAUGCUAUUAUAUUCACUCGCGGAGAAGGGCUGCAGACUAUAGAUAUGAAUCAGGAUAACUAUAUGGAGGAAGCCUUAAAAGUGAGGAAUUUGCUCCAAGAAUUUCUUAAGAAACAUGAUGGUGUGAGGUUCCCUACGAUACUGGGGCUGAGGGAGCACAUAUUUACUGGAAGUGUUUCUUCUCUCGCUUGGUUUAUGUCAAAUCAAGAGACAAGUUUUGUGACAAUAGGUCAGAGACUGUUGGCAAACCCUCUGAAGGUUCGAUUCCAUUAUGGCCACCCUGAUAUUUUUGACAGACUUUUCCACCUUACAAGGGGUGGGGUUAGUAAAGCUUCUAAGAUUAUCAACUUAAGUGAGGAUAUAUUUGCUGGAUUUAAUUCUACACUUCGUGAAGGCAAUGUUACUCACCAUGAAUACAUUCAAGUUGGUAAAGGGAGGGAUGUGGGACUUAAUCAGAUAUCUCUAUUUGAGGCCAAAAUUGCCAAUGGCAAUGGAGAACAGACCCUGAGUCGAGAUUUAUACAGGCUUGGACAUCGUUUUGAUUAUUUCAGAAUGUUAUCAUGUUAUUUCACUACCAUUGGAUUCUAUUUCAGUACCUUGAUUACAGUCCUCACCGUGUAUGUGUUCCUCUAUGGACGCCUUUACCUUGUCCUCAGUGGACUUGAGGAAGGGCUCAGUAAUGAACCAGCUAUCCGGGACAACAAACCUCUUCAAGUGGCCCUUGCUUCGCAGUCUUUUGUGCAAAUUGGGUUUUUGAUGGCCCUCCCUAUGAUGAUGGAGAUUGGUUUGGAAAAGGGAUUCCGCACAGCACUCAGUGAAUUCAUACUGAUGCAACUGCAGUUGGCACCAGUAUUCUUCACGUUUUCACUUGGAACAAAAACCCAUUAUUAUGGAAGAACAUUGCUUCACGGAGGUGCAAAAUACAGGCCUACUGGUCGUGGUUUCGUGGUGUUUCAUGCCAAGUUUGCUGAUAAUUAUCGGUUCUACUCUCGUAGCCACUUUGUCAAGGGCCUCGAGUUGAUGAUAUUAUUACUUGUGUAUCAAAUUUUUGGACAAGAAUAUAGAGGAGCUAUUGCAUAUAUCUUGAUCACUGUGUCGAUGUGGUUCAUGGUGGGAACCUGGCUCUUUGCUCCCUUCCUCUUCAACCCCUCUGGUUUUGAAUGGCAAAAGAUAGUUGAUGAUUGGACUGAUUGGAAUAAAUGGAUAAGUAACAGAGGAGGUAUUGGUGUUCCACCAGAGAAAAGUUGGGAAUCAUGGUGGGAGGAGGAACAAGAGCAUCUUAGGCAUUCCGGAAUACGUGGUAUUGUUGCUGAAAUUCUGUUGUCUUUGCGCUUCUUUAUCUAUCAGUAUGGGCUCGUCUAUCACUUGAAGAUCACAAUAAAAAAUCAGAGUUUCCUGGUUUAUGGUGCAUCAUGGUUGGUAAUAUUUCUGGUACUAUUUGUCAUGAAGACAAUAUCUGUUGGUCGGCGAAAAUUCAGUGCAAAUCUGCAACUCGUGUUCCGUCUUAUAAAGGGAUUGAUAUUCUUAACAUUUAUUGCAACACUGGUGAUUCUGAUGACACUUCUCCAUAUGACUCCUAAAGACAUGCUGGUGUGUGUUCUCGCUUUCUUGCCAACUGGCUGGGGCAUGCUUCUGAUUGCUCAAGCAUUGAAGCCUGCUGUUCGGAGAUUUGGAUUCUGGGGAUCAGUUCGGACUCUAGCUCGUGGCUACGAGAUUGUGAUGGGAUUGCUUCUAUUCACUCCAGUUGCUUUUCUGGCAUGGUUUCCAUUUGUGUCUGAGUUCCAAACUCGUAUGCUGUUCAACCAAGCGUUCAGUAGAGGUCUUCAGAUUUCUCGUAUUCUUGGUGGACAACGAAAAGAUCGAUCAUCUAGAAACAAGGACUAGAAUUGCUGGCAUGAACAGAGCUACAUUAUUAACAUUCAUCCUUCGAUGUUUUGUCAUUGUUCAUUCCUAUUGUAAGCUGCUGCUUUUGUAAUUAUGUAGUGGUAAUGGCAGUAUUUUUGGGCAAUACCAUAUUCCAUUUUUGUAAAAGCCAUUGAGAAAUUUCUUAAUGAAAUCUCUUUUGCAUUGAUGAGGGGAAAA